AUGAGGUUUGGCGAGCAUCUCCGCACGUCAAUGAUUAAAGAGUACUACUGGUACUACAUCAAUUAUGACGGCCUGAAAAAAGCCCUUAAGACUGGUUACGUUACCGAGCCUACCCCGGAUAAUACCAAACCCGACCGGAAAUCAUGGACAGAAGACGAUGAGCGACAUUUCGUGACUCUGCUCGAAUCUGAGCUCGAUAAGGUCUUCAACUUCCAGAAAUUCAAGAGUGAAGAGAUUGUGCGAAGAAUUCAGGAAAGCGACAAGGAUGUCGAUAACGUUGUAUCCCGCUUAAACAGCAGCAGAGAUGCACGAGGAACCGGUCGUUCGAGCGGAGCUCCUCCGUCGGACGAGGAGUUUCUUAUGCUCGAGCAGGUUUUGAGUGAUAUCAUUGCCGAUGUUCACGAUCUCGCAAAAUUCACACAGUUGAACUAUACAGGGUUUCAAAAGAUUAUCAAGAAGCACGAUAAAGAAACCCAAUGGUACCUUAAGCCUGUCUUUGCUGCCCGGUUGAACGCCAAGCCUUUCUUCAAAGAUAACUAUGAUGCAUUCGUAGUUAAGUUAUCCAAGCUUUACGACCUGGUCCGAACCAAAGGAAAUCCUAUCACAGGAGACUCUGCGGCUGGCGGCUCCCAACAAAACUUUGUUCGCCAAACGACUAAAUACUGGGUGCACCCUGAUAACAUCACGGAGUUGAAGUUGAUUAUCCUCAAGCAUCUCCCCGUCCUUGUCUUUAAUCCGAGCAAAGAGUUCGAGGAAGAAGACACUGCUAUUUCAUCUAUUUAUUAUGACAACCCAGAAACAUGGGAACUGUACCAAGGGCGUCUUAAGAAAACGGAGGGGGCCGAGGCUAUUCGACUACGGUGGUAUGGCGGCAUGGGCAGUGACCAAAUUUUCGUCGAACGGAAAACUCACCGCGAAGACUGGACUGGAGAGAAGUCGGUCAAGGCACGAUUCUCAAUUAAGGAGAAGAAUGUGAAUGACUAUCUUUCCGGCAAGCUGACAGUGGAUAAAAUAUUCGAGAAGAUGCGGAAGGACAAGAAGAAGAGCGAGGCUGAAAUCGCUGAUUACGAACAAUUGGCCCGGGAGAUCCAGUAUCGUGUCAUCACGCGUAGGCUGGCUCCGGUCACUAGAACCUUUUACCACCGAACAGCCUUUCAACUUCCCGGAGACGCAAGAGUCCGUAUCUCCCUCGACACAGAGCUGACUAUGACCCGAGAGGAUAACCUUGAUGGACAACGGAGAGCAGGCAACAACUGGCGUAGGAUGGAUAUUGGGGUUGAUUGGCCAUUUUCCCAAUUGCCACCAGAGGAUGUUGAGCGUUUCCCCUAUGCAGUUUUGGAGGUUAAGCUCCAGACGCAGGCGGGCCAGGAACCGCCGAAGUGGAUUCGUGAUUUAACGGCGAGUCACCUGGUGGAAGCAGUGCCGAAAUACAGCAAAUUUAUUCAUGGAACUGCAGCCAUGUUCCCCGAAAGGAUCCACCUGUUGCCAUUUUGGAUGCCGCAAAUGGAUGUUGACAUCCGUAAACCUGCGUCACGCCACUUUGGUAUCCAGCGUCCGCUGACAAGCACCUCUUUGUCUGCGAACGAAACUCCAGAAGACGACGAAGAGUCAGACGAGGACAUGCUCGACGAAGAACAAGAGGCCAGAAAUGCAAGGCCACGGGAUCGUUCUAACCGUGCAGAUUAUGGAGCAGCAGACCAGUCCGUGCUUUUCGCGGAUACCGACGGGAAUGCACUGGACAUUGAGGAACGCAUUGCUGCUCAGCCUUUGCCCGGGGACGAAGAUUAUCCGCUCUACGAUUCCGAUGAAGAGUCUGUCGACUCCGACGAACUGGAAGAAGCCCGACGGGUUGGCGGCAGAUAUUACUAUGAGCAGCUGGCCAAGUAUUAUACUCACAGGGUCACGACUGGGACGGUCAAUAUGCUCAAAGCACUCAUCCCCAGGCCGAUGCCGACAAGCAUGCCUGAACCUCAACAAAAUGGUAUUGCUGUCAUUGGAAAUACGCGAACCACUAAGAGGUUCGAGGCUCCCAAAGGCAAACGUAUCCAUGUGCCCAUCCGCGUUGAGCCCAAAGUCUACUUCGCUGCAGAGAGAACGUUCCUCUCAUGGUUGGAGUUCUCUAUCCUGCUGGCAACCAUUGCCGCUACCCUCUUGAACUUCGGCGGCGACUACAUUACACUUGCAUGCUCAUGGGCAUUCACUGUUCUUGCUGCUAUCGCCCUCGUCUACAGUCUCAUGUUGUACAUCUGGCGAGUCGACAAGAUCCGCAAGCGGCGAGAUGUGAAGCGAGUUUACUACGAGAAAUGGGGCCCGACGGUUGUCGGCCUUGGUUUGGUUGCAAUCAUGUUGGUUAACUUUGGACUGCGAGUUAGGCAAUCUGGGUUUACGAGAAAGGAUGGUAAUCCUGGUGCUACUAUACCUGGCCGUGAUGAUUUGUGA